UGCAGGGCCGCCGCGGGGAUGCCAGGCGCGGGCUGAGGCGCCCAGGAAUCCAUCACUGGACUUGUCACCACUGCCCAUUUCUGUGUGUGCAUUUCUCUUCCACUAUGAACAGACUUCAUGGGUCGCACUUUUGCCUGACUUUCUGUAGUCUUCUCCUUCUCCACAUAGUCACACCAUGUCUGGCUUUCCCCAAGAUAGCACAAAAAGACCUAGCACGUGGCCGCGCAGAAGAAAGACAACCAGAGAGUGUGAUCACAGCUGAGCCCCAAAAUAACUCCGCGGCUUCACAGGACUCUCCUGAACCGGUGGUCUCUGAGUAUCCAAAGAUAGUACAGGCUGGACCAUCUGCAGCACCAUCCCCAAAAGUAUUGCCUAUUGGAACUGGGCCUCAGCAGCCAAGUAGGCCCAGGGUUUACACCGUGACUGAACCAGGGGUCCCAGCAGACGUGUUUGCUCCCAGCCAGCCAGUGAGAACAUCUGAAAGCAAACUCUCCAAGGCCCUGUUAACUAGUCCGACCACUGCGGCUGCUUCUUUGAAUGUCGAUAAGAAGGAGGGACCCUUCAGGGAUGCCAACAUUCAAUCUGUUGACACAGGGACCACAGAAACAGCACCAGGUUCUCAGGAGUAUGUGGAUUUUGGGUCAUUUACAACUGAAAGUCAGGAAGGAAUUAGUCUGGGACCUUCACCGGAUUCCUAUGUGACUACUAAGCAAAUGAUAACCGUGAAGCUGCAGACUGAGGAAUCAGAAGCAGACACGGGCAGUAGGCCAGCUUUUCCCCAGGCUGAGCCCACGAAAGGCGUGGAACCUGGACACCUCAUGCUGGGCAUGGAGACAGCAUCACAGAUGACAUCUGAUGAUACCCAGUCUCCUGCCUCCAAACUCGGGCCUGCCACCUCUGAGUAUGCCCUGAGUUUUGAGCUAGAAACUGACAGCCUGCUGGGAACCCCAGAAGUCACCCUGAGUGUCAGCACAGCUACUGCAGCUGCUUCUCUCCUAAGUGACGAGUGGGACGACACCAAAUUAGAGAGCGCCAGCCAAAUAGAGAUGCCCAAACUGGGAGACGAUGCAGAGACCCAGGUGGGAUUGGAGACUUCUCAGAUAGCACAAGUGGCGAAUGAUGGCGUGGCAGGGGGUGAGCCCCUGACAGAGGCAGACGAGGUGUCUCUGGGGCAGCCUGAAGGGAAAACACAAACUGGGUCAGUGAUCCCUGGGGAGGAGGGAUCGCUUCCCUUCAUCGAUCAGAGCUCCUUCACUCCCACGAGUUUUAUGGAAGAUAUGAAUGUUUCUUCUGCAAAUUGGUUUCAAAAUACUGGAGACUUCGGGGACUCCACCAAGGAAGGUGAUGCCGUGUUUUUUUCAGAGACGGUUUCCAUCUCAGACUAUACAUCUGAGGCAUAUCAACCAUUGGGAAAUAUAGUUCAUGACACUGUCACUGAAGAGGUAACAGCUGUUCAAGAAGAAGCUGCUUCAUCAUCAGUGACAGAAGAACAGCAGGUUUCUACCCGGGAGGCUGCAGAAGAGAACGACAAGGAGAUGGAGGAAGGCCAGAAGUCCGUCCCGCUCAUGUCUGCCGUCCCUGGGGCUACUCAGCUCUCCAGCCAAGGGGAGCCUCUGACUGCAACAGUCUCACCGACAACCAUCUCUCCAUCUUACCAAGUCACUCUUGCCAUGGAAGACCUAAUGGACACAGUCACCACGCCAAUCACACCAUUCACACCAGUUCUGGACUCCCCAGGGACACCCUCUGGGUUCACAGAGGAGACACCCAGCAUUUUCCCAGCCCUUCUCGAUGCUGAGGCCUCUUCGGAGAGAAGAACCACGUAUCCGUCUGUCCACCAUGUCAACACGGCUGCCUCCUAUGGGCUGGACCAACUUGGAUCUGAAGAAGGAGAAGAUGAGGAUGAAGAGGAUGAGGAGGAGGAGGAUGAAGAUGAGGAAGACGAGGAGGACGACGAGGAAGAGAAAGAUGCAGAUUCACUGGGCGAGGGCUUGGAUGAUGAUGGGGAGCUGCCCGGGUUCACCCUCCCUGGCCUGACCUCCCAGGAGCCUGGCCUCGAGCGGCGACCUGUGGACCCAGCAGAAGGAGCCACGUACCAGGUGCCGGACAGCCUUGAGUGGGAGCAGCAGAAUCAGGGCCUGGUGAGAAGCUGGAUGGAAAAACUAAAAGACAAGGCUGGCUUCAUGUCUGGGAUGCUGGUACCUGUCGGGGUUGGGAUAGCUGGAGCCUUGUUUAUCCUGGGCGCUCUCUACAGCCUUAAGGUUAUGAAUCGCCGAAGGAGGAAUGGCUUCAAAAGGCAUAAGAGAAAGCAGAGAGAAUUCAAUAGCAUGCAGGAUCGCGUGAUGCUCCUGGCUGACAGUUCUGAAGACGAAUUUUGACACGGACUGCAAUUUAAUCGGAAUAUACAAUGUCAACAUUUUAUUUUUUAUUUGGGGCGAAACAAACAAACAAAAAAGAGGCAACAUUCUACCACAUGGCUGCUGUCAAUUUAUCAGUCCCUGUUAUCUGUUGGAUAGUUGAUUUUUCUUGUUCUGAGCAGAAAUGGCAUGUUGUACACUAAAUGUAGCACCCGUGCUUGUUUUCAUUCUGUACUGAAUUUUUCCAUAACCACAGGCUAAAGCUCAGACGUCUGCAGCAUAUGUGUUUAAAGUAGGACUUGCUAGGUUUGGUAGAGAGACUAUUUUGUAUUUUUCCGCCAUGCCUUUUCCUUGGCUGGAUUAUCUGCACUAAAUAUAUUGAUCACUGCUGCCAAGGUACACUGGACUCUGAAACAGAAGUCUUAACAAGAAUAACUCAUAAUGACUAUUUGCUAUUUAGUUAAUUGGCUCUGGGGCCAAGGUACAUAUUGCAUUUGCAUCCAACCAGUAGCAAUUUGGAAUGAAGUAAUUUUUCUCCAAGAAGAUCCCUCAGCACAUUAGACAUCUAGAGAUUUGUAUGUAUUUUGCAUUCUGUAUAUCAGGUUCCCAGCUUUAUUAUUUUCAUUUUCUGUUUUUAUUCUCUUGACAAAGGAAAAGUGCACCAAAAACAAUCCAUUAAAUUGGCUCUCGGUCUUAA